AUGGUGGAGAAACGGGCGGCGGAGGAGCCGUGGACUAAAGUACCCCUACGGCGCAGAGUCUCCUUGCUGACUGCACACUCAUCCGCUCUUCAGACUCGCCCGCGCCGCCGGAGACGAGUGCCGGAGAAUCUGCGCCGCCGUCUGCAAUGUCCGCCAUCUGCAACCCGCGUGAGCAAGGAGCUCGUGCCCGCGCCGUUUGAGGAAGGUGCUGGUGCCCGCGCCCCCUUCUGCAUCCCGCGCAGCCGUCCUCUGCAUCCCGCGCCCUCCUCUGCAUCCCGCUGCAUGGAGGUAGAAAACUCCGCCUACUCCCCGGAUUCAACUCAAGUUUUACCGGUUAUGAGCUCGGACGCGCCCCUUCCUUGCCUUCCCACUGGUUCUCCGGUGGAAAGAGUGGAUGCACCGAUCAGGACCUCGGAUUUGUCGGAUCCCCUAAAUUUUCUUUUUAGGGAGCAACAUACAAUGGAGGUAUUAGAAAUUGAUUGGGGGGCAAUACAGAUUGAUGAUAGAUGGGAAGAAGAAGGAGAACAACAGACUGCCUCAGAGUCAGUGCUUUAUGAUCGGUUAGGAUUGCUAGCAGAAGAUGAACGUGAAACUACUGAAAGGCAAGAUGCUUUUACUAGUAGAUCGUUUGGUGUCCGCGGUAGCGAUGAAAUAGAUGAUGAAACUGCUGCUUUGCCCUGCAAUGAUUGCAUACCACAAGAAAGGGUAUUUGUUUGCAACAGAUCAAAUCCAAUAAUGAAGAUUGGUAGUUUGUACAAGGAUAUGAAAGAAUUCAGGCUGGCUAUGAGGCAAUAUGCGAUCAGUAAUGAGUUCGAGUUAGGAAUUGAGUCAAGCUCACCUUUCAGAUAUAGAGCUUACUGCAAAGGAGGUGAUUGUCCAUGGAGAAUCAAUGCAAGGCUACAGAAUGCCGGGUCUCCCACAGUAGUGGUUACAGUAAUCGUGGAUCAGCACACAUGCACAUCAAGUGGUCGUCGAAAAACAACAACACCCACGAGCUCAUGGGUUGCAUCCCUAGCACUUCCAAUCCUAACGAAGAAACCACAUAUGGGAGCAAAAGAAUUGCAAACUACCUUGCAAGAGCAACACAAUUGCACAAUUUCUUAUGAUACAGUGUGGAAAGGUAAAGAGAAGGCCCUUAGAGAGUUGUAUGGAACCUGGGAGGAUAGCUUCAAGUUACUAUUUAGAUGGAGAGAAGCUGUUUUGGAGGUUAUGCCAGACUCAGUGAUUGAGUUUCAUGUCGCAGUUGAAGAUGGAAAAUUAUAUUUCAGCAGAUUCUUUUGUGCUUUUGGCCCUUGUCUUGAAGGUUUUCGUGAAGGUUGCAGGCCCUACUUAAGUGUGGAUUCCACAGCUCUUAAUGGUCGUUGGAAUGGUCACCUCCCCUCAGCUACAAGUGUUGAUGGACAUAAUUGGAUGUUUCCAGUGGCAUUUGGUUUCUUCGAGUCAGAGACAAAAGACAGUUGGAUUUGGUUCAUGCAACAACUUCGUAAGGCCAUAGGAGACCCUCCAGUUUUAGCUAUUUGCUCUGAUGCAUGCAAAGGCUUGACAUCAGCAGUAAACGAUGUAUUUCCAAAUGCUGAAAAAAGAGAAUGCUUCCGCCACCUUAUGCAAAACUACGUGAAGCACUUUACUGGUUCAGAGCACAUGUAUCCCGCAGCUAGAGCAUAUAGGAACACCAUAUUCGAGCACCACUUCAGUAAUGCCAGGGAUAUACCAGGUGUCAAGCAAUGGAUUGAUGAGUGGCACCCUCUUUUAUGGUACAGAUGUGGUUUCAACACAGCUAUAAAAUGUGACUACAUAACCAACAACAUUGCCGAGGUAUUUAACAACUGGAUUAAAGACUACAAAGAUCUCCCAGUGUGCGAACUUGCAGACAAAAUCAGAUGUUUGGUUAUGGAACUAUUUUUUAGAAGGAAAAGGAUCGGGGACAAAUUGGGAGGUAAAAUCCUUCCAAUAGUCAUCAAUUCGUUGAAGGCUAGAACCAGAGGAUUGGGUCAUUUAUCUAUACAAAAGGGUGAUUAUUAUCAUGCUGAGAUCCGUGAUAACAACAAUAUUCAUUGCAGACAUGUUGUGAAGGCAGAACAGAGAUAUUGUUCAUGUCUCGAAUGGCAGCACACGGGAAAACCCUGCCAGCACGGCCUAGUGGUCAUUAUAGCGCAACAAAUGCGAGAAGUUGGAAUGGAGCACUUUGUAGACGAAUACUUCUCUGUUGACAAAUUUAAAAAGGCUUACGCGCGAAGCAUUGAAAAUGUGGGCGACAAGUCGUUUUGGCCACAUGUGGACAUAGCCUAUGCAGUGAAUGCCCCUAUUGGUAAGAGGAGCGUUGGUCGGCAAAGGAAGAAUCGGAUGAAAAGUUGCUUAGAAGGUGGUGCUGCAAAGAAGAAACACUCCGUACCUGUAGAGGAAAAGGAGAAGAAGCUCUUAAGAGGAAAAAUUAAAUGCCCGAAUUGUGGACAACUCGGACAUAGGAAGGCCAGCCCAAAAUGCCCUCUUAAUGGCUCCAAAAAAAGGAAACGGAAACCUCGGAAAAAUACCACUAAACAAUGGUUCCCCAAAAACAUGGCUGAAUCAGCUGAACCUCAUGACAACCCACCAGAUGACACCGGAAGAACUGAACCCAGCAGUCAGACACAAGUGAUUCUGCAGGAAGAGUUUCAGGCAGUAGAUGUUGGGCGAUUAACGCCACCAAGGCUAUUGUUAGGCGCCAGCACUUCUGUUGGUGAUGGUGGCCACUUGACCCCUCCAAGGCACAAAAAGCGAGCAGUAGGCAAGAAGUUGACGCCAAAGAAGAAAAGUGUUUGACAGUACCUAUGUGCAUGUGGUCAAACUGUGUCUUUCUAAUUAAGUGUAUGAACUAUGUGUGUGAACUUUUUCUGUAAUGGUGUCAAACAGCAUGUUCUAUUGGUCAUGGUGUCAAACAGCAAUGUUCAAACAGCAUGCUAUUUGGUCAGUUUGGCGGUGUAAACUGGCCAUGGCUGUUGGGUCAGUUUGGACAGCUGAACAUGGCUGUGUAACCAUUGGAGCAUGAAUGUUUCUGUUUCAGCUGUCCAAACUGAAUUCUGGUAUGUUGUUUCUGUUUCGAAUUUGCCAUUCAGGAAGAAUUGGCACAUGAAUGUUUCUGUUUCA